AUGGAGCCUCCAGCAUCCUCCACCCCAGAGCUGGAUUCCAGUCACCUCCCUCACCCCAGCAUCCUCCACCCAGGACUGGAUUCCAGUCACCUCCCUCUCCCCAGCAUCCUCCACCCAGGACUAGAUUCCAGUCACCUCCAUCACCCCAGCAUCCUCACCCCCAGGACUGGAUUCCAGUCACCUCCAUCACCCCAGCAUCCUCGACCCAGGACUGGAUUCCAGUCACCUCCAUCACCCCAACAUCCUCCACCCAGGACUGGAUUCCAGUCACCUCCAUCACCCCAACAUCCUCCACCCAGGACUGGAUUCCAGUCACCUCCAUCACCCCAGCAUCCUCACCCCCAGGACUGGAUUCCAGUCACCUCCAUCACCCCAGCAUCCUCCACCCAGGACUGGAUUCCAGUCACCUCCCUCACCCCAGCAUCCUCACCCAGGACUGGAUUCCAGUCACCUCCAUCACCCCAGCAUCCUCCACCCAGGACUAGAUUCCAGUCACCUCCCUCUCCCCAGCAUCCUCACCCAGGACUGGAUUCCAGUCACCUCCCUCUCCCCAGCAUCCUCACCCCCAGGACUGGAUUCCAGUCACCUCCAUCACCCCAGCAUCCUCCACCCAGGACUGGAUUCCAGUCACCUCCCUCACCCCAACAUCCUCCACCCAGGACUGGAUUCCAGUCACCUCCCUCACCCCAGCAUCCUCCACCCAGGACUAGAUUCCAGUCACCUCCAUCACCCCAACAUCCUCCACCCAGGACUGGAUUCCAGUCACCUCCAUCACCCCAACAUCCUCCACCCAGGACUGGAUUCCAGUCACCUCCAUCACCCCAACAUCCUCCACCCAGGACUGGAUUCCAGUCACCUCCAUCACCCCAGCAUCCUCACCCCCAGGACUGGAUUCCAGUCACCUCCAUCACCCCAACAUCCUCCACCCAGGACUGGAUUCCAGUCACCUCCAUCACCCCAGCAUCCUCCACCCAGGACUGGAUUCCAGUCACCUCCCUCACCCCAGCAUCCUCCACCCAGGACUGGAUUCCAGUCACCUCCCUCACCCCAGCAUCCUCCACCCAGGACUGGAUUCCAGUCACCUCCAUCACCCCAGCAUCCUCACCCCCAGGACUAGAUUCCAGUCACCUCCAUCACCCCAACAUCCUCCACCCAGGGCUGGAUUCCAGUCACCUCCAUCACCCCAGCAUCCUCCACCCAGGACUGGAUUCCAGUCACCUCCCUCUCCCCAGCAUCCUCACCCCCAGGACUGGAUUCCAGUCACCUCCCUCACCCCAGCAUCCUCCACCCAGGACUAGAUUCCAGUCACCUCCAUCACCCCAACAUCCUCCACCCAGGACUGGAUUCCAGUCACCUCCAUCACCCCAACAUCCUCCACCCAGGACUGGAUUCCAGUCACCUCCAUCACCCCAGCAUCCUCCACCCAGGACUGGAUUCCAGUCACCUCCAUCACCCCAGCAUCCUCACCCCCAGGACUAG